AUGACAACAUCUCCUGCCAGACGGCCCACAAAGAGGAGGACACCGCGGAGGAGAGCCCCCAGAACCCCAACCCUUCCAGUAACAAUCCCUCCACCGGGAAGAACCGGAGGCGGAGGACGGCGUUCACCAGCGAGCAGCUCCUGGAACUGGAGAAGGAGUUCCACUGCAAGAAGUACCUGUCCCUCACCGAGCGCUCCCAGAUCGCACAUGCCCUCAAACUCAGCGAGGUGCAAGUGA